AUCAGCAGCAGUACUUGCUCCCUUCACCAUCAUCACCGGUGGCCUGGGUUUCAACCUCACCCCAUCCUUUUGAGGCUUCCGGCUUUUCUGAUUGCCUUACCCUUGCCACCCUGUUUCUCCACCUCCGGUGUCUAUUCUUUGCCAUCCAGCCCUACGGCGACGUCGAGUGGGAUAUUUUCCGCCGAGCGCGUCGCGCCCUUUGCGCUUUCUCGAAUCGCUGCCGUCUAGCUUGCUACGUCCGCGGUCGAUUCUCGCCAAGAUGGCCGACUACGAAGAUGCCUACGAUGAUGAGUACUACGAUGAUAUGGACGAGGGGAUCACGUCAGAGGAUUGCUGGACCGUAAUCUCGUCCUUCUUCGACACCAAGGGUCUGGUUUCACAGCAGCUAGACUCUUUCGAUGAGUUCAUCUCAUCGACGAUGCAGGAGUUGGUGGAGGAACAAGGCCAAGUGACUCUCGAUCAGACGCUCCCCCCCGCCGAAGAUGAAGUCGACCCGGUUGUCGUCCGCCGAUACGAGCUUAAGUUUGGAACCGUCAUGCUCUCCCGGCCCUCCGUGACAGAAGGCGAUGGUGCAACGACCAUCAUGUUGCCUCAGGAGGCUCGUCUACGAAAUCUCACAUAUGCCAGUCCUCUUUACUUGGGUGUCACCAAACGGAUUAUGGAGGGUCGGGAACGCCUGGUUGCUGACCGGGAUGAAGAGGAGAUGGACUCAACCGAGGAUCGCAAAGCUCAUGGCACCUAUCUUUCGUGGGAGCAGAAGGAACUUCCUGCUGACCAAGCUAAGGAAGAGACGGUCUUCAUCGGAAAGGUGCCUAUCAUGCUCAAGUCCAAGUACUGUAUCCUCAAGGACUUGAGCGAACAAGCUCUCUAUAACUGGAACGAGUGCCCUUACGACUCUGGUGGUUACUUCAUUAUCAAUGGAAGUGAGAAGGUUCUGAUUGCCCAGGAACGCAGUGCUGGCAACACAGUCCAGGUCUUCAAGAAGGCACCUCCCAGUCCCCAUCCUUAUGUUGCUGAAAUCCGCAGUGCUGUCGAGAAAGGCUCCCGGCUGCUGUCCCAAUUAUCUCUCAAGCUGUUUUCUAAGGGCGAUAGUGCCAAGGGUGGAUUUGGUCCCACAAUUCGGUCAACAUUACCAUAUGUCAAGACCGACAUCCCAAUUGUGGUUGUUUUCCGAGCCCUCGGAGUGGUUUCUGAUGAAGAUAUCCUGAAUCACAUCUGUUAUGAUCGCAACGACACACCUAUGCUGGAGAUGCUGAAGCCCUGUAUUGAAGAAGGUUUCGUUAUUCAAGACCGUGAGGUUGCGCUCGACUUCAUCGCUAAGCGUGGAUCUUCCCAAUCCAGCAUGAACCAUGAGCGCCGUGUCCGAUACGCCCGCGAGAUCAUGCAGAAGGAGUUCCUGCCUCAUAUCUCUCAGAGCGAAGGUAGUGAGACGCGGAAAGCCUUUUUCCUGGGCUACAUGGUUCACAGACUUCUGCAGUGUGCUCUGGGCCGUCGGGAUGUCGAUGAUCGUGAUCACUUCGGUAAAAAGCGCCUGGAUUUGGCUGGUCCUCUUCUUGCGAAUCUUUUCCGAGUCCUUUUCACCCGAGUUACCCGCGAUCUUCAGCGGUAUGUUCAGAGAUGCGUGGAGACGAACCGGGAGAUCUAUUUGAAUAUCGGUAUCAAGGCCAGCACUUUGACGGGAGGAUUGAAGUAUGCUUUGGCCACGGGUAAUUGGGGUGAGCAGAAGAAGGCAGCCAGCUCCAAGGCCGGUGUGUCUCAAGUGCUCAGUCGUUACACCUACGCCUCCACCUUGUCCCAUCUUCGUCGAACCAACACACCCAUUGGGCGAGAUGGAAAGAUCGCUAAACCUCGUCAGCUUCACAAUACACAUUGGGGUCUGGUGUGUCCGGCUGAAACUCCUGAAGGCCAAGCUUGUGGUUUGGUCAAGAAUUUGGCGCUUAUGUGCUAUAUCACGGUCGGUACGCCCAGUGAGCCCAUCAUUGAUUUCAUGAUUCAACGUAACAUGGAAGUCCUUGAGGAAUUCGAGCCCCAGGUGACCCCGAACGCUACUAAGGUGUUCGUCAAUGGUGUUUGGGUUGGUAUCCACAGAGACCCUGCUCACCUUGUCAACACAAUGCUCUCCCUGCGUCGCCGUAAUAUGAUCUCGCACGAGGUCAGUCUCAUUCGAGACAUACGUGAGCGGGAAUUCAAAAUUUUCACCGAUGCUGGACGUGUAUGCCGGCCGCUCUUCGUCGUUGACAACGACCCGAAGAGUGAGAAUUGUGGCUCUCUGGUGCUCAACAAAGAACACAUCCGCAAACUGGAGCAAGAUAAAGACUUGCCUCCGGAUUUGGAUCCAGAAGACCGCCGUGAUCGUUACUUUGGGUGGGAUGGUUUGGUCAAGUCUGGUGUGGUGGAAUACGUGGAUGCUGAAGAGGAGGAAACUAUCAUGAUUGUCAUGACUCCAGAAGAUCUUGAGAUCUCCAAACAGCUCCAGGCUGGCUAUGCUCUGCCGGAUGAGGAACUGCACGAUCCCAACAAGCGUGUCCGCUCCAUCUUGAGUCAAAAGGCUCACACCUGGACUCACUGCGAGAUUCACCCUAGUAUGAUACUGGGUGUUUGUGCCAGUAUCAUUCCCUUCCCUGAUCACAACCAGUCGCCCCGUAACACCUAUCAAUCCGCUAUGGGUAAACAAGCCAUGGGUGUCUUCUUGACUAACUUUGACCAACGCAUGGAGACUAUGGCCAAUAUCCUUUACUACCCUCAGAAGCCGCUGGCCACUACGCGAUCCAUGGAAUUCUUGCGGUUCCGCGAGCUUCCUGCUGGGCAGAACGCUAUUGUCGCCAUCGCUGUCUACUCGGGAUACAACCAGGAAGAUUCGGUAGUCAUGAACCAGAGCAGUAUCGACCGGGGUUUGUUCCGCAGUCUUUUCUACCGUACUUACACCGACAGUGAGAAGAUGGUCGGUUUGACGGUCGUUGAACGCUUCGAGAAGCCGAUGAGAUCAGACACCCUCGGCAUGAGGAAGGGAACCUAUGAUAAGCUUGACGAGGAUGGCAUCAUCGCGCCAGGUGUUCGUGUUUCUGGUGAGGAUAUCAUCAUCGGCAAGACUGCACCUCUAGCGCCCGACGCGGAAGAGUUGGGUCAAAGGACCAAGUCGCACACCAAGUCGGACGUUUCGACCCCUCUCAGAAGUACCGAAAAUGGUAUUGUCGAUCAGGUCUUGGUAUCUACGAGUAACGACGAUCUGAAAUUUGUCAAGGUGCGCAUGCGGACGACCAAGGUUCCCCAAAUUGGUGACAAAUUCGCUUCACGUCACGGUCAGAAGGGUACAAUUGGUAUCACUUACCGGCAAGAGGACAUGCCAUUUACCCGUGAGGGUGUGUGUCCGGACCUGAUCAUCAAUCCUCACGCUAUUCCUUCCCGUAUGACAAUUGCCCACUUGAUUGAGUGUCAGCUUAGUAAGGUUUCUGCGCUGCGUGGUUUUGAGGGUGACGCCACGCCAUUCACUGAUGUUACGGUGGAUUCCAUCUCUCGUCUGCUCCGUGAACACGGUUACCAGUCUCGUGGAUUUGAGGUGAUGUAUAACGGCCACACUGGACGAAAGAUGGUGGCGCAGGUCUUCCUGGGACCAACAUACUACCAGCGUCUGCGCCACAUGGUCGACGACAAGAUCCAUGCCCGUGCACGUGGACCUACGCAGAUUUUAACGAGACAGCCUGUGGAGGGUCGUGCCCGUGAUGGUGGCCUCCGUUUCGGAGAGAUGGAGCGCGAUUGUAUGAUUGCGCACGGAGCCAGUGCCUUCCUGAAGGAGCGGUUGUUCGACGUGUCCGACCCCUUCCGAGUCCAUAUCUGCGAUGACUGUGGCUUGAUGAGGCCCAUGCUAACAGAGAUUCCUGCAGAAAACUUAAGAAGGGCCUGUUCGAGUGCCGACUGUGCAAUAACAAGCACCGAAUUUCACAAGUGCAUAUUCCAUAUGCAGCCAAGCUUCUGUUCCAAGAGCUGGCCUCGAUGAACAUUGCCGCUCGCAUGUUUACCAACCGGUCUGGAGUGUCCGUGCGGUGAGAAGACAAGGAAUCCCCAUUCAUGUACAUCAGUCGAUUUUCUUUUCUCUCUAUCUUGUCACCCCCGCCUCUCUAUAUUAUGAUAAUUUUUUUUCUUUUCACAGUCUCCUGGUGAUUUCGUUUUUAUCUCUUUUUUUUCACACCCACUAUCCUUUCAUUCUUACCCCCGCUAUCAAAAUUUGCGAUAUCAACCGAAGACCC